CAACUAAAGCUAAGACUCCAUGUAUGCGGUGAGCUGCGGCAAACGCAUGCGGAAGGCAACUCCAUGUACGCGGUAGAGCCUAACGCCACGCCACGUGCGGAAAUCGAAGCUGUUGACGUUUUCAAGUUAAAGUAACCAUAUCGUAGUUUAGAUAUAAAAACAUAAAAAUUAAAUUUUACUAAUUCGAUACCCUGCGUAGGGACCCUUGCUGUCGCUUUUUUCUGCCAGAUUCGUUAUAUGCAAAAACGCGUCAAUUAAGCCUAAAUUCGUCAAAAUCGGAGGUGAGGCCUCUAAACUGAAUAAUUACCAUCAAUAAUAUCAAAAUGAAUUACGAUGACGAUCACCUUGCUUUAUUAUUGUGGCUACGAAGAAGGCGAAGACGACAAGAGCUAGAAAGGCAACAAAUUAAUCGGAGAACAGCUCGAUGGUGGGUUCAUCCUAUUAUAGACGAACGUCAUCUUCAAGGUGCUUAUGAUAACCUUGUGCUUGAACUUCGCCGUGACGCAGAACGUUUUCACAAUUUUCAUCGCAUGUCUCCCGUUCAAUUUGAUGAAUUAUUAGCAAUGAUAGAACCUAUUGUUACAAAAGUACAUUUGACAAGAGAACCAUUGCAUCCAGGACUACGAUUAUCAUUGACGUUGCGAUACCUUGCAUCUGGGGAUAGUAUGGCAAGUCUACAUUAUCUUUACCGCGUAGGUAAAUCUACUGUACCGAAAAUAAUUGCAGAAACAACAGAAGCACUUUGGCAAACACUACAGCCUCAAGUACUUCCUCCACCAACUCUACAAACAUGGAUUAAAAUCGCAGAAAACUUUGAAAAUAAAUGGCAUUUUCCAAAUUGUGUCGGCGCAAUUGACGGGAAACACGUUACCGCACAAUGUUUUAAAAAUACAGGAUCAGCUUUCUAUAACUACAAAGGCACAUUCAGUACUGUUUUAAUGGGAGUUUCUGAUGCUGAUCUUCGCUUUGUAUAUGUUAGUAUCGGUUCUGCUGGUAGAGAAAGCGACGGAGGUAUUUUUCAAAAUUUAGAUUUUGGAAGAUGCAUCGAAACAGGAACAUUACCAUUGCCUCCACCCAAAACAUUACCGGGCACAAAUAUUUGCCUUCCCGUAGUAUUUGUUGGUGAUGCUGCAUUCCCAUUAUUAAAAAAUUUAUUGCGACCAUAUUCUGGUACUAACUUGAGUCCAGAAAAAAUUAUUUUUAAUUAUCGCUUGAGUACAGCAAGGCGUCUAAUCGAAAACGCAUUUGGAGUAAUGUCAGCCAGGUGGAGAAUAUUCCGACGAUCAAUUGUUGCAUCACUUUCAACUGUAGAUAAUAUAGUUAAAAGUUGUGUAGUACUGCACAAUUGGCUUCGAAAUGCGGAACUGAACGUUUUGCCUGCACAAAGAAGAUACGUUCCAGUAGGUUUUGUAGAUGUAGAAGAUCGCUAUGGAAAUGUAGAACCUGGUCAAUGGCGAAACGAAGAACCAUCUGGCGCACUUCGAGGUUUUGCAUCAAAUACAUCAAGAAACUGUACAAAUGACGCUAAAAGAAUUCGAGAAAUGUAUACAGACUAUUUUAUGAAAGAAGGUCAGGUACCUUGGCAAUGGAAUAAGCUUCCGAACUAUCAACGGGAAGCGUAUAUGCAAUAGGAAAAAGGUUAAUUGAUUGUAAUACAUAAUUUAUAAAAAAUGCAA